GCUGUGAUAGAAAUGAAUCGUUGUCAUGGAGAAUAUGAGUUUUGAAUCGCUCAAUAAUUGUAAAAUUAGGAUGUUUAUCUGUGAAAUACUUCAUAUCUUAAUUUGGCUUUUGUCUGUCCCGACGGCCACGCAUCGUGACAGGCAUGAUAAUGAAAUCAUCCUCCACUAGAUAGUGCCGUGGUCUUUAAUUACAGCAACUCUAUCACCUUUGCAUUCAACUGAACAGGCCCAAAUUUCACAUUGAGUCAGUAAAUUGAGAUGACAUCAUCAAUCUGACCCACUCAAAAGGUUCAUAGCUAUAGAUGUCUUCAGGUGAUGCCAAAGCACUACUUUUAUAUUAGCUAGGGCCUUGUCGUGUCCAAUAGAAGCUCCACUCCUGACCGCAACAUAGUUCCUGAGCAUCAACAUGCCUGAUAAAAUGGUGCCAAAGCACUUGUUUUCUGCAUCUCAUUGUUUUAUCUCUGUCAGGCCACUUUGUCAUUCAAGCCUAUCGAGGGGCAGCAUCUGUGUGCUCCGUGGCCUUGCUGCGGGUCCCGUGGGUGAGUCUCCUGCUCCGUCUCCGGCCCCGAAGCAUGGCCAAAGCAGCGCUCCCCGCCUCCGCGCGCCUCUGCGUCUUGCUCUUAACCGUCUCGGCGGUGACCGCGCUGCCGGGAGCCGCGCGCCGUGACCGCGACCGCGGGCGCGUCGGGGACCACAGCGGGCCGGACGUGGGACGCGGAGGACGCGCGGAAGGCUCCCCGGCGGAUGAAGGCGAGGACGCGGCCGGCGGCGCCGAGGGCUCGGAGGGCUCCCCCCGCCUCAGGAGAGCCCUGUCCCGGGAAAAACAAAUGUCGCUGCAAAGCAGCUCGUUCGUGCUCAAGGGGGAUGCGACGCACAACCAGGCGAUGGUCCACUGGACCGGGGAGAACAGCAGCGUCAUUCUCAUUCUGACCAAGUACUACCACGCCGACUCCACCAAGGUGCUGGAGAGCUCUCUGUGGAGGUCCACCGACUAUGGCACCACCUACACCAAACUCAACCUGAUGCCGGGGACCACCGUUGUGGUGAGCAGUUUCUACAUCUGCCCGACCAACAAGAAGAAGGUGGUUCUCGUUGGCUCGUCAAUGAACGAACGGGACCAGAUGCUGUUCAUCAGCACCGAUGAGGGCUCCUCCUUCCAGCGACAGAGCGUGGUCUUCACCCCAGCAACGCUGGUCUUCCACCCCAAGGAGGAGGACAAGCUCCUGGCCUACUGCAAGGACGGGCGGCUGUUUGCCUCCACGGAUUUGGGCCGCAAGUGGACUUUGCUUCAGGAGCGAGUGACCAAGGACAGAGUAUUCUGGUCGGUAACAGAUGUGGAUGUGGAUCCUGACCUGGUACACAUGGAGAUGCAGGACACAAGUGGAGGUUACCUGUAUGUGACCUGUCUCAUCCAGAACUGCUCCGACAAAAUGGUGACCGCUCAGUUCUUGGGGAAAAUCGACCACAAUUCUCUGUCGGUGCAGGGCGACUACAUUUUUGUCAAGGUGACCACAGGGAAUCGCACCAAGCACUACGUGUCGUAUCGACGCAACGAGUUUACCCAGAUGAAGUUUCCCAAGUAUGCCUUGCCAAAGGAUGUUCAGAUAGUGAGCACGGACGAAGAGCAGGUUUUCCUGGCUCUGCAGGAGUGGUACCAGACGGACACGUACAACUUGUACCAGUCGGACACACGGGGGGUCUAUUACUCCAUCGUGCUGGAGAACGUCCGUAGCACCCGGCAGCCCGAGGAGAUGGUCCUCAUCGACAUCCUGGAGGUGCGCGGGAUCAAAGGAGUCUUCCUGGCCAAUCAGAGGGUGGACGGCAAGGUGAGAACCGUCAUCACCUACAAUAAAGGACGAGAUUGGCAGCCCUUGACCCCGCCUGCCACCGACAUGAACGGAAAGUCGAUCACCUGCAAAGCGCCCGACUGCCACCUCCACCUUCACCUGCGCUGGGCGGACAACCCCUACGUGUCCGGUACUGUCCACACCAAAGACUCUGCUCCGGGUCUCAUCAUGGGAGCAGGUAACCUUGGCUCCAAGCUGGUUGAGUACAAAGAAGAAAUGUACAUCACGUCCGACUGCGGGAAGACAUGGAGACAGGUUUUUGAGGAGGAGCAUCACAUUCUGUACCUCGACCACGGUGGGGUGAUCGUGGCCAUCAAGGACACUUCGAUUCCACUCAAGAUACUCAAGUUCAGUAUCGACGAGGGGCGCACGUGGACGGUCCACAACUUCACCAGCACUUCCGUCUUUGUCGACGGGCUCCUGAGCGAGCCGGGAGACGAGACCUUGGUGAUGACCGUCUUCGGCCACAUCAGCUACAGGUCCGACUGGGAACUGGUCAAAGUGGACUUUCGGCAGUCAUUCCCUCGCCAGUGUGCAGAGGCCGACUAUGAGUCCUGGCAGCUCACUGAUCUGCAGGGCGAAAAGUGCAUCAUGGGCCAGGAGCAGACUUUCCGUAGGAGGAAAGACACUGCGUUUUGCGUCAAAGGAAAAAGCUACACUUCAGCUCUCGGGACGAAAGCCUGCCAGUGCACCGAACAGGACUUCAACUGCGACUACGGUUUCGAGCGAUCCCUCGCAGAAAGCGGACGAUGCUUUGCUGACUUUUGGCACCAUCCGGACUCGCCGCCAGACGACUGCCAGCCGGGGCGAACCUUCGAGUCCAGCACGGGGUACCGCAAGGUGGUGUCAAAUGUGUGCGAGGGGGGCCUGAACAAAGCACAGAGUGCCAAACAAAGUAACUGCCCUCUGCUGCCCCCUAAAGGACUGCAAGUGGGCAUCAAAGGGCAAAUGCUGGCUGUGGCCCCUGGUGAUGACAUCACAUUCAUAGUUCACCAGGAGGAGGGCGACACGAGCAGCACCAAGUACCAGGUGGACCUGGGCGACGGCUUUCGGGCCAUUUACCGGAACCUGACUGUGACGGAUGAGCCCAUCCAGCACCGCUACGAGAAGCCAGGCGUCUACAAAGUUUCCGUGCAGGCCGAGAACGCGGCGGGUCACGACGAGGCCAGCAUGUACAUCCAGGUCACAGCACCUCUGCAAGAAGUGCACCUGGAAGUGACGCCCAUCGCCGGGAGGAACCACCAGGUCAACCUGACAGCCGUCGUCCUUCCCGCCGAGGCCAACCUGACCGUCUUCUACUGGUGGAUCGGAAACAACCUGCAGCCAACGUUGACCCUGCACAACAGCGUGCUGACCAGCUUCCCAGAGGAGGGCGAGAUUUUGGUGAGCGUCCAAGCCUCCAACGGGAGGUCCAUGGUGCAGGAUACCAGAAGGGUUCGCGUCUAUGAAACCUUCCACGUCAUCCCGCUGAGCUUUAGCAGGCACCUGGACCGCUUCAAUCCCAACAUUCCCGAGUGGCGGGAGGACGUGGGUCAGGUCGUCACCAAGAUACUGGCCAAGGUGACAGGUGUUCCGCAGGAGUCCCUGGUUACCGUGGUGAAGGCGGGCCUGCCCACCGCCGCCGACCUGUACGUCCUCCCGACGGAGCGCACGCCAGCGAAAAGAAGCGUGUUUCAGGAUAAGCGUAUUCCAGCCAUCAUGCAAGCUUUCAAAGAGCACAACGUCAGCUUUGUGGUGCGAGGAGGUCUCCAGGUCCUGGUGCUGCCAGCGGACCCAAACGCAGGGCUAGCUCGAAAUGCUGUUGAGGCCACAGCAACAGAAAGUGGUCACGGAGCUGCCGGCGGUCCUGGCGUCUGGGCCGUCGCCGUCAUUUUCCUCAUCAGCGUCGCGGCCACGGCCUCUUUCAUUCUCUACAAGUUCAAGAGUCCUUGGCUCAGGACUGAGGAGGUCUAUCCCCCUCUGUUUUUCAGGAAGCUGCCAGGCAGCCGCAGUGUCUACGCCCAAAUGCACAACGAAAAGGAGCAGGAGAUGACCAGUCCUGUCAAUCACAGCGAAGACACACAGCACAUCAUCCAGGGUGAGGAGUUCAUCGACGACGACCUGGACUCGCAGACGCUAGGUAACGCGGGAGCCAGCCCCACCUUCCGCUCCCUCAUACGGACCACCACUAACCACUGCUACUAAAUACCGCGCCACUCAAAGACACGCCAAGGUAACCAUUCAGGCGUGGUGCUGGGUGUCAACUCCAGAGAACUCCGCAGUUACCUGAGCAGCUGAUUGCUGCCAUGGCGACGGCUCUCACGAACACAGGGAUUUCACUCCGCCUUCAAUCCACCUCCUCUAAACAAACACACACACACACACACACACACACAUCCCGAAGCUUGGUGGGAACCCGGUUCCAUGGAGACCCUCUUCCGAAGGGUGUCAGCCCUAAAUUCCACGCUUCUCACCAUAACCACCACCACAACCAUCCCCCCUUGAUUAACAGAUGAAAGUCGGCGGCACGGAGGGAAGGCGUACUUUUUUUUUUUUUUUU